AUGGUAUUGCGAGUUGAAGAUUCGCUCGAUGGAAUUAUGGUUUCUGAUCCAUAUUCUCCCGUACCUGUGCGGUCUACUUCCGAGUGUAACGCAGGGGAAUACGAGACAAAAAUACUACCAGUGGAAGAUUCGUCUAGUGUCGACUGUUCUGAUUUCGACUUUUCUGUUGAGGUGAAAUUUGAUCCUGAAGAAGGCGACUCCGUUGAAUGGAUCUCUGUAGUGUUACUGCUUGUGAAUCCAUUUGAUGAGAUUCUUGUUUCCGAUCCUGAGUAUUCUGAUCCUGAAACUUCUGUUAUCGUAUGGUCCGGUUCUGGAGGAGUUAGCUGUUCUGAUUCUGUCGUUCGUGGAGUAGUUUGUUCUGAUUCUGGAAAUGAUGUUAGGGAAACAUUUGAAGUCGUGUUUGUAGAGGAUUCUGUGAACGGCAAGUCAGAUUUGAAGGAGCCGGUGCUGGUUUCUAAGAGUAUCGUGGGCGAUGAUACCGGGAAUGAUGGGGGAGCAGAUACAUUCUCAGACAUCGAUCCUGCGGUCUGA